AUGCAUUGCAUCUACUAUCCAUACCAACAAUACCAACAAUACCCCACCAAUUAUCAGGUAUACGCUGAAGAGCGAGAACAAGCCCCAAUCACUGCAUAUGAGCCUUAUUGCUGGAGAGAGGAUGCCGCUUCCCCACAUCUUAUUGAAGACAGCGACUGCGAGAAGCCAAGAGUGCGAUUUGCACCUGUCAAUAAGGAACAAAGCAUGGCACAAAGCCCACCACCACGAUUCGAGAAAUUGACUCGGGAGAUUUGCUAUGCUCAAUGGUUUCAAGCCAAGGAGCUCUCCAUCAUCCGAAAAACAGUUCGUGCUGAUGCUGCCAACGUUUCAUCCAAGGUGGACAAGAGCGGUCUAGAGCGAUACACUUGGGAAAGAAUAUGCGAAAAGAAGAAGGCUGUCCAAGAGGUUAUCCAGGCUCAAAAACUGAGCAAGGACCCUCACUAUUUGAAGAAUGUUGUGAGAAAGCGAUCGGUUCAAAGCCGUCGCUUGGCAGCAUAUGAGGGACAAAAGAUGUGUCAUGAAGCUUACGGCUUCCCAAGCUACUCUACAUAUGAAAUGGAACCCGCUCAACCGGUUUCUUUGAAGCGCAAGCCAUGGGACUGUCCACGUAACAGCUAUGAGGACCAAGGGAGACGUGUCCGUCAACGAACCCUUAUGCCUACCGUGCCAACAGCACAACAAAGCUGGCCAUUGUACAAUUAA